GCUGCAAUAGAGAGUCCAAUAACUGUUCAGCUCAUAUGGACAAAACAUCAUUUUGAUCGUUUUGGCCUUUGCUGAUUUGCACAAAGUUUGCUUCAGCAAUUGAGGACUAACAUUUGUGGAUUUUCUGAUGUCGAGGGGAGCUUUGAAAGAGUAACCCAGGUCAACAAGUUUCAUGUAAUGUAAGAAUCAAUUUUAGUCUUUGGAGAGUUGCGAAAAAAAACUUCCACAAUGGGUCAGCGCCUGAGCGAGGAUAGCGACCCCGACAAGGAAAUUGAUGUGGCAGAGCUGCAGGAAUGGUACAAAAAAUUUGUUGUGGAAUGUCCGAGUGGAACGCUCUUCAUGCACGAGUUCAAGAGCUUUUUUGGAGUUACUGAUAACAAAGAGGCUGCAGAUUACAUUGAAAACAUGUUUCGAGCGUUUGACAAGAAUGGCGACAACACCAUUGAUUUUCUGGAGUACGUGGCAGCCUUGAACUUAGUCCUGAGGGGUAAACUGGAACAUAAGCUUAAAUGGACAUUCAAAAUGUAUGAUAAAGAUGGAAGCGGGUGCAUUGAUAAAACAGAGCUUCUUGAAAUUGUGGAGUCUAUCUAUCGACUGAAGAAAGCCUGCCACGGAGAGCUGGAUGAAGAAUGCAAUCUGCUGACCCCAGACCAAGUGGUUGACCGGAUAUUUGAGCUGGUUGAUGAAAAUGGAGAUGGGGAGCUCUCCCUGGAUGAGUUCAUUGAUGGAGCACGGAAGGACAAGUGGGUGAUGAAGAUGCUGCAGAUGGACGUCAACCCUGGGGACUGGAUGGACGUUCGGAGACGCAGUGCUGACUUUUAAGGCUGGAGCAUGGACUGUCAAUCUGUCACAUACACACAUUCUUCAUGUGUGACCAAUCAUGCUGUCUUUUGUAUCUUCUGCAGUUUAUAUGUAUAUAAAACAAGACAACACCACACACUCAUCCUGGUGUUGUACUGCUAUACUUUGCUUGCAAAGGGGCUACCUGUUUAUUAGCUUUGGUUCAGGUUCCACACCUCAACAGUAGCUUUUACCUCAUUUUUAGCAAUCAUGUCCUUGUAGGUCAGUUUUUAUGUCUGUACUUUAUAGAUGCUGCAGACAUAACAUGCUGCUUACUAUAAUUUCUUUUUUGUUUUGUGUUGUAAAAUGAGCAUAAAAGUUAAUGAAUAAAAAUACUUAAAGCCCCCACAAAAACAUGGUCCACCAUAGAGAGGUGUUACUGGUGUCACUUAUUAUUUAGGAUGAUAAGACCUCUUCUCAGGGUUGUGUGGGGCCAUGUACACAUGACCAUUUUCCUAACUCCUUGAUCAUUUUGUUGCACCUAACUAACCUGAAUAGCGCUUGAACAGACCAGAAUAAAUAAAAACACCAAUUGGGGGUUUGUGGGGUCUUUAAAAACA